UUUGUCUGAAUUUUGAAGUAAUGACCGGGUUUUUAAAAAUUAUAUCUAAUAUCUAAAGUAAAAAAAUGGGUGACUCGGAAACAACUCCUGUUUGGAACAAAAUAUAUCAUAUUAUUUCUGGCGGAAACACUACUGUGACAGGAGAUAUAGUAGAAGAAAUUUUAGGACUGUGCAGAAAUAAAAUAGUUGUAGGUUUUCUCGAGUACACCCCAUAUACUAGGAAAAGUUUUCAAUCAUGGAAACAGCAUUCUGGAUUGAAGGACAUUGUGGAAGAUGAUGAAAUGUGUAAUUUUAUUCAUCUGUUAAGUAAAGACCUGAACUUAGAUGCCAAUGUCGCAUGGACAGUUAUGUGUAACUUCUUAAUGUUCGAGUACUUUGGCAAAAUCGAUGAACUCAAGUCAAUUAUUAGAUAUGACACUAAUGUUCGUUACCUUAUUGAUAAUAUUUGGUAUUUCUACUCGGGAGACCGCAUGUUUCUGUUAAAAUCACUACAACAUAUUUUUGAAAGCAUAUCAAAUGAAGAAUAUAAAUUUUACAAACAGUUUGAUGAAUUUUUGAAGUGUAUAGAUACUAAGAUUUUGUGGAAAAAUAUGAUGAAGACGUUGGAUAUCCUUAUUAACGAAAUAGACAAAAAUAAAGCUCAAAUGGUAUCUAGUGAAGUUUUGAAAAGGUGGAUUCAUAGAAAUAAUCGAGAACAAGUUGAGGUGGUAACUUUACUAAUACAUGUAAUACAAUUCUGUAAAUUAGAUGGUUCUGAGUUAGAAGAUGCGUUGGUAUUAUUUCUAAGACAUGGUUUCGCAAGACAUUUGCUCUAUCAAGAAUCUAACGUAAUCUCAAGACCCAAAGACCUGUGGGAUAUCAAGUGUGCCGAAAUAGGAUGUGUAUUAGCAGUAAUGGAACGAUACUGGCAAAACCCAGGUACAGCUAAAAUGUUAUCGAAAAACAUAGAAAAAAGUUUAGAACUGUUUCAAAUUCAGGGUGAUAAUAGUAUUGUAUUGUUCGCUUGGGCAGUAUUGAAAACAUCUAUAUUCGAUUCCGAAGAUGCAAUGGAAUACUGUAAUAAUAUUAGUAAUGAGUUGAUUCAGAAGAGAGUUUUUAGAUCACUUCACAAUUUACUGAUAGCCAAAAUAUUUGAUAAAUGCAGAUCGGGGGAUAUUGUGAUAGAAGGAGUAUUUAGAUUGAUGGCGGAAUUUAUAAAAAUUUGUGCAGAUUAUACAUAUCUUCACGAACAGGAUGGGGUGUGUUACGUCACUGCUGAGUUACUAAAAAGAAAAGGCUUGGUUGUAUUAGAUUAUUUGGGACCUAUUUUUCAAUUGUCUAUGGAUGCUUUCCCAUUUGUAUUUAAUCCAUUUUUAGAAAUGUGCAAGUCGAUGCUUGCUAUUCCAGAACAGUACGAUAGAAUUAUGCGUCUGUUGAAACAAAUACCCAGUUUUUUGGCAGAAAUUCCUUGGACCGAACACAGAGACAGCUUCAACUUAGUUGGAACUCAACAAUUAUUCAUAGACAGUGAUUUGUUCAUAAUACCUGAAGGCACUCGCGUGGAAAAAUUCCGUUAUCAGGGAAUGGAAUUUGCCAGGUUCAUAUACCCAUUUAAUUUCUUCCUUUUAUUGGAACAGUUUACAAAAUCUCUAAGUGUCAUCACAUUUGAAGUCGGUAAAUCAUGGUAUUGUUAUGACAAUUUAACGGAGUUAGUCCAAAUUGGGUUUAAGUUUAUUAUACACAUUUUGAAGCACUAUAAGGGCGAUUAUAACUCUGAUAUUGUUCUUAAAAGAUUGGUUCAACGCCUUGAUAUUGUACCAACACAAUUUUGUGAAGGUCCUACAAAGAAUUUUAACUUUAUAAGACUAUAUUUUGAGACAAAUGUGACAUUGAUUGUUCAUAACUUAUCAGACUUUUCUGAAGUUUUCGGUCCAAUUGUCCGCAGGAAAUUUUUCCCACAAGUUGCAAGUUACAGCAAAUUCAAUAGGGAAUUUUUGAAUCCCAUGCAUUAUGAAUCUAUUUUAUUUAGAAGUCUGAAAGAGGAAGAGAAUAUGAAAGAUCAUAGUUUACUUAUUGACUACUUAAGGCUUAUAGAAUAUAUGGUCAAGAAUGAAAUUUACCAUCAAGAAGUACAAUUAGUGGGCAUUUUGUACAUAUUAAAUGUUGUUUUUCCUUUGCACCAACAGUGGCCGUACGAAGACGAAUUCCAGAUGAUUACUAUUUGCAAAUUUUGCAUUGCAAUCUUUGUGAAAGUACUCCAAAAGUCUGAAAUUGACAAAUCACAUAAAUCGUAUGAAAUAUUUACAAUGUGUCGAGAUGCGUUUUUGUUUGACGAGGUACUAAUGUCUAGCUACUUAUCCGUAUUCUACAAAGACAAAUUUUAUAUACAAAACCUUAUGGAGCAAGAAUCAAACUGGAUUAAUGGUCCCGUAUUAGAACAAAUAGAAAAUAUUAGAUUACAAAUGAUACUACUGUUGCUGGUAUAUAAAAUCCGAUCUGGUAUACCUAUGUCGACAAAAUGUGCCAUAGACAACAAAACCAACGUCAUUACUAAAGCUAUAUCAGCCCAUAUGGUUAAUCCUUACAACGCCACAUUGAGAAUAUUAGCGUAUAGAUUCUUGGAAAUUCUUUCACGGGAUGAAAAUAUCCCAAUGAUGGCUUUGCUCGGAUUAGACUACGAUCAAGUGCAACGAUUAUUUUUAGAUAAGCUCAGGGACCCGAUGGAGGACGACAAUGUCAAAAUGCAAAUUUUAGAUUUAAUUAGUACUUGCAUUUUUUCCCAACAUGGCAUGACCGCGGCUUUAUUUAAUGUCACAAGAUCUCGAAAAUGGCACAGUGAUUUCAAGGAGAAACGAAUUGAAAGAGACACUGUUACCGAUUUUAUGAUCGACUACCUGCAAAAUAUAAAAAAGUCACAUGAGUACUUGAAAAGCCCUUUGCAAGUGGCAAUUUUAAGAGUAAUGGCAAAUCUUUGGUUAAACAGAAAGCGGCACUUAGUGAAGGAUAUAAUCGCUCUAGAUGCAUUCUGGCCUCUUCUUGCUGACCCUUUAUUCGAAGAAUAUAAUCACUCGCCAUCUGUAUAUGGACAUAUUUUUAAGAUCUUGGGGAUACAAUUAGGUGACACUUCUGGCGACAGGACGCAAUUUUUGGCAAUGGUAGAGAAAUUUUUAUGUGAUGAUAAACUUAUGGAACUUUGGCAAACAUACAUGAUAAAAACGUUAGGUAAUUCACAACUUCGAUCUGCCGAUAUUAAAGAAAAAGAAUUUUUACUGAAGGCUUGGAUGGAAUUUAUACUUAUGGCUGAAAAAGAUGAAGAUCUGAAGAAGAUUUCAAGUGAAAAAAUCAAAUUCCUCUUCAUUACAAUGUGUCUAGAUGGAAUACAGUUCAACUUUGCAAAUACACAUUGUCUGGAUACUUGGAUGAACAUGUGUUUAAUAUUCAUUACACGUUGGGGUUUGAAUUUUAAAAGCAAAGAGGCGAUUAUCACGAAAAAGGUGACCGUAAUGUACAGUAUUACCAAACUACACUAUGUAGGACUCGACUCACAGACUCGUUCAAUCAUACUCACUAUUAUACUAAAUGUUCUUAAGAAUCUGAAAACAUAUUUUGAAGGUAACACCGCAGAAUUGCUCGAUUUUCUGGAGGAAAUCGGACCUUUGGUAGACCACGAAUACACAGCUUUAAAUGACGAGGUGUGGACAGAAGUGUCUCAAGGUGGCGUUGGAAUGCGAGAACUUAUGAUUCCUUGGAUGACGUGCAUACACAUCGCCAAUAAAUUGUUGAAAUUUGAAAAUGUCGGUGAAUGUUCCGUGUGGUUUUCUUAUCGCAGUUACUUACAGAACCUCGUAAAGUGCACCUGUAACUUGAUCAAUAAACCACAAACAUUACCCUUAACUAAAAUCGCCCUUCAUAGCCUCCAGUUAUAUGUAGAAUCACCUCUAGCAUUCGACUUUAUAAACGUUAACAUGACUAGUUUUUAUGACUCCAUCGAACCUCCACUCACAGCACUCUUUGUGGGUCAAAGUAAUAAGAUUCAUGCCGAAGAAUUAGACGAGGGUUGGGUGACUUGCACUUUGCUCAUGAAAUUCAAUCAAGCAUUUAUUAAAAAGUUUCAGUACACUGCUCUCCCUACUUGUUACACCUACGUAAAAUUACAAGAGCAAAUUUUACGACAUAUUUUGGUUAUACCAGAAUGUACCGUGGCUUUGAAAGCAUUGGACCUCUUAUUACAUACCUUGGCUUUCUUCGACGCCAUACUAACGUACUGGCAAACAGAGUGGUACCGAAAAUCUAACCAUACUUACAGUUUUAUUUUAAACGCUGUGAAGAAAGUUGUUAACUCUUGUUUGUACAUAAUACUUCGACCCAAAAAUAUUAUCUUAUACACUCUGGAUGAUUACCAUAGACUCAACCAAAUUGAUAAGGUUCCCAUGCCUUUAAUGGUAGUCAUUAUGAACAGAUUAAUAACAAUCGCCGGUUUAUGUUUUUCGAUACUGUAUCGAGCUAACCCGGAUCUCAUUGCCUUAAUGGGAGUCAUUGAAGAAGAUACAACGACGAUUUUAAUUCAAAAUGACUUCAGUGUGCCAAAAUUUGAACUCCCGAUACCAUACGAGCUCACUUAUGGCAAACUAUUAUGUUUGGCUCACUUCAUGUGUAAGACGUUAGAUGCUUUAAGUUGCGUAACAUCGGAAUUGGAAGAAGACGCACACAAAAAAUAUUACAAUAGUUGCAUUGGACUUGUCGAACACCAGGAUUCUGGACAUAACUUUCCUAAUCAGAAGCUCGGCGCUUAUUUACGUUACGCAAUGUAUGAAUAUUCGGGUUUGGCUGAUCCGUGGAUACAUAAACUUAACCAACAACGUGUGAAAAAGUCUUUCGAACUUCUCAUGACGUUUUUGGGACAGCAAGUGUUUCUUUAUGUUCGUACGACAGACUCUGACAGUUUGCCGUACUUUAAAAGAAAUCUGGCGUCCGAACUUCAAUUUUUCUAUGAACACGUUAAGAAACACACAUCUAUGUUGUUCACCGAUCAUAUUACAGCUUCAGUGCGAUCCAUAUCUACCUAUAAAGCUGAUACGGAUAUUAUAAAAAGAUACUUGAUGUACUGUCGAGCCAAUAAGAAAUAUUAUGAAGUAGCGGACAAUAACUUCGGUUUAGCUAUAGUACACUGGUUUACGAAAAUAUGCCAUGUGCAUUGAUUUAUUUUACGUUUUAAUAUAUCCACUACUUUAUAUUUACAUAAUGAAAUUUCUUUUUAUAAAUUUCAGUGUUUUAUUAUUCAAUUAAUUACUCUCUAGGGAUAACGAUCAAUGUAAAUUUAUUUUAUAAACACUC